AUUAAAGCAGAGUCUAUCUACUCUGAAAUAUGAUAAAAUCCAGGGUGGAAGUGGGUGAGUGAAUGUUGAGCUCAAACAGCAAUGGCUACUCUUCUACUAUCUUCCCAAACCAUCUCUCUUUCUCAGCCAAACCUUUGCUUCCCCAGAAGGACCAAGAAGCCCCAGGCUGUCCUCAACAGAACUCAGAAAAUGCAAGUCCCCUACGAGUUGAAGCAGGGACAGACCCGUCUUUUCCAUAAGCUCCCUUCUGGCCUAAACAUGGAGGUCAUUGUGCAGAAGGGUGUUGUAGACAAGGACCCAUAUGACAGAAACAGUGAAAACCCACCUUUAGUAUUUGUCCAUGGAAGCUACCAUGCUGCUUGGUGCUGGGCCGAGAACUGGCUUCCCUUCUUUUCAGCUUGUGGGUUUGAUUGCUAUGCUCUAAGCUUGUUGGGUCAGGGUGAGAGUGAUGCUCCUUCUGGUUCUGUUGCUGGUACUCUCCAGACACAUGCAAGUGAUGUUGCUGACUUCAUCCAGAAGAAAGUAUUGUUACCACCAGUGUUGCUUGGACAUUCAUUCGGGGGGCUUAUUAUUCAGUAUUACAUUGCAAAUGUGAAGAAUAACCAGGCUAUAGAAAUGGAAAGUUUUUACCCCAAGCUUACAGGAGCUGCUCUUGUCUGCUCUGUACCUCCUUCGGGUAAUAGUGGGUUGGUGUGGCGGUAUCUCUUUUCCAAGCCUAUUGCUGCUUUUAAGGUAACACGCAGCUUAGCAGCGAAAGCUUUCCAAACUUCUCUUCCACUUUGUAAGGAAACAUUUUUCUCUUCAACAAUGGAGGAUCAACUGGUUCUACGUUACCAGGAACUAAUGAGAGAAAGUUCAAGGAUGCCAUUGUUUGAUUUGCGGAAGCUGAAUGCAUCACUUCCAGUUCCUUCAAUCCCAAAAGGGUCUGUUGAGCUUCUUGUGUUGGGUGCAAAUGAUGACUUUAUUGUGGAUGCAGAAGGUCUCAAAGAAACAGGCCGAUUUUACGGCGUGUCACCAGUCAAUGUUGAACGGGUUGCCCAUGAUAUGAUGUUGGAUUGUUCAUGGGAGAAAGGUGCAAAAGUUAUCCUAUCAUGGUUAACUGCUUUGAAUAAAUAGGACCCAUAUGACUUGAAAAAAAAAUUUCCAAGCUCAGCACAUAAUUUAACUCAAAACUAUGAUAUCUGGCUUGCUACCUUGAGUAGCUCAUGUCGAGGGCCACACAGGUGCAGGAUUAAGCUUUAUAGUAUUCUUUCAAGUGUUCCAAUUUUGACGUGUUUAUCCCUUUCAGGACAUCGGGAAAUUUUGGAAUUUUUGGGUGUUUGGGUGUGCUGCAGCAUUAUUAGAUUUUUUUAUUUUAUUUUAAUCAGCAUUAUGAAAGAAUUGAGCACACUGAAAUUUUACUCCUCAAGGCAGUGUAUUAAGAGCAAGUAUGGAUUUAUGUAUGUAUGUUUAUCUUAGAAUUCUAUGUUCAAAAAAUGAAAUGUCUUCCUUGGUCAUUUUCA